GCCACAAGUUCAUGAGCUGAGGAGCGCAGAGGAAAAGUCAGAGGCAGAGGAAACAGCUGCGUAAAGACGCGGAGGAAGACGACUGUAAUAGAGAGCAACAACAAAGAGAGGGUUAUCCGGGGAGAAGAUAUAAGAAAUAACACAUCAUUCGGGACCAAGAGGAAACACUGGGAGAUAAAGUCGCUCCACUAGAAGUCACUCCUUGGUGAACCCACGUGCUACUGAUCUGCUGCUGCUGCUGCUGCUUCAAGGUAACCCUAACCUUCACCUCAUGAUGGAAGGAGAUGAUGAUAAAUAACUGCGGGGGAAGUUUUCAAAGUCUUCGGUCGCACAUCAACGAGAAGAAUUCUCCAAUUGUGACUGAAAUAUUCACAUUUCUAACUUAUAUUUAAAAAACCCACCAAAAACACGAACAAUGGCAUCUUACAGUGCCGCCCCAACGAAAGAGGAGAGCAAUGGCAGCUCCCCGUCUGCAAAGACUGAAAGCGCCGGGGAGUCCAUGAAGCUGAAGAAGGAGAUCUCCCUCCUGAACGGGGUCUGCCUGAUCGUGGGGAACAUGAUCGGCUCGGGGAUCUUUGUCUCACCAAAGGGCGUCCUCAUCCACAGCGCCUCCUACGGCCUCUCUCUGGUGGUGUGGACCGUCGGGGGGAUCUUCUCCGUGUUCGGCGCCCUGUGCUACGCCGAGCUGGGGACCACCAUCACCAAAUCAGGUGCAUCCUACGCCUACAUCCUGGAAGCCUUCGGUGGUUUCCUGGCCUUCAUCCGUCUGUGGACGUCGCUGCUGAUCAUAGAGCCCACCAGCCAGGCCGUCAUAGCCAUCACGUUCUCUAACUACAUGGUGCAGCCCAUCUUCCCCACCUGUAUAGCUCCGUACUUGGCCAACAGGAUGCUGGCUGCUGGUUGCAUAUGUUUGCUGACCUUUGUGAACUGCGCCUAUGUAAAGUGGGGCACCAGAGUCCAGGACUUCUUCACCUACGCCAAAGUCAUCGCCCUCAUCGCGGUCAUCAUCACGGGCCUGGCGAAGAUCGGACAAGGUCACACACAGAACUUUGAGGGGCUGUUCGAUGACUCCUCUCAGGAUCCGGGACACAUCGCUCUGGCUCUGUACUCGGCUCUGUUCUCAUACUCGGGAUGGGACACCCUCAACUUCGUUACAGAGGAGAUCAAGAACCCAGAGAGGAAUCUGCCAAUGGCCAUCGCUAUCUCCAUGCCCAUCGUCACCGUCAUCUACAUCCUGACAAACGUGGCUUACUACGCCGUCCUGCCCAUGAACGCAAUCUUAGCCAGUGAUGCUGUGGCUGUGACGUUUGCAGACCAGGUGUUUGGCGUCAUGAACUGGACCAUUCCCUUAGCGGUGGCUCUUUCCUGCUUCGGAGGACUCAACGCCUCCAUCCUGGCUUCCUCUAGGCUGUUCUUCGUGGGCUCCAGAGAGGGCCACCUGCCCGACUACCUGUGCAUGAUCCACGUCCAUCGCUACACCCCCAUCCCUGCGCUGCUCUUCAACGGCGUCAUGGCUCUGAUAUACCUGUGCGUAGAAGACGUCUUCAGGCUGAUCAACUACUACAGCUUCAGCUACUGGUUCUUCGUUGGGCUGUCUAUUUUGGGGCAACUGUAUCUGCGCUGGAAGCAGCCGGACAGGAAGAGGCCGCUGAAGCUCAGUCUCAUCUUCCCCAUCGUUUUCUGCCUGCUCACCGUCUUCCUGGUGGUGGUGCCGCUCUACAGUGACACCAUCAACUCUCUGAUCGGCAUCGGCAUCGCCCUGUCAGGAAUUCCCGUUUACUUCCUCUGCAUCUACACUCCGGCCACGAAGAGGCCGCUGGCGCUACGGCGCUUCAUCGCUAAAUCCGGCGUGUUGAUCCAGAAGGUGUGCUUCUCUGUUCUGACUGAAAUGGACAAGGACGAGUAGAUUAUCAAACGCCUGCCGGAGACCCGAUAAACGCACAAAUGUAGAACCUGAGCACAUCGUGGCCUGCCGCCUCAAGGCCUCGAUGGACAAAUAAACAUUUGGGCUGGACCCAGCUCUCUGACCAGCCAAUCAUCACCCGGUGAUCAUGAUGGCGCCCGGGUGAAUGAUGGACAGCCUUUCACUCCUGCCGACUUCAGGGGGAACAUUUGAAAGCACUCCUGAAGAACUCAACACCUCUUUAUACCACAGAACUUGUAGAAAAUUAUUAAAUUGACAGGUCAGGACCACGUCUGUACGCUGUUGCAUUUCUGACCAGAGAAACAGCCUUGGUAUUAUCAUACUUUGCACAAAGAAAUCAAGCAGUAAAAUAAAUUUAUGUUCCCACACUCACUUAUGUGGAAGGAAAGGUUAGUAAUGUUUUAUACAGUCAGCCAUGACGUCUAGUGAAGGGCUAUUUUUACUCAAAUUUACUUUUUUGUGACUUAAACAUGGUGUUUGAAUGUAAACGUUUGUGACAGUUGAGCUGCAAACAAGUAUUUAUAAUAAAAUUACUUCUCGACAACAUAAAAA